CGUCAAAUUUAAGGAAAAAUAUAGAGUUUUUUUGGCUACAGGGUAAAUCAGUGCUACAUGACUACUUUUAUUAAGUUUCUUUGAAGUUGUUAAGGCCCCUUUAGAACUAAAUGUGUACACAAGAACAAGAAUCUCCAAGUGACCGAUCUCCAAGGGGGGCCCAGGGUAUAAAUCUCUUGUUGGGCCCUUAUUAAUUACUCUAAACAUGGCAGUUUCUUUAUUUCCCGUGGCACCCAGAAACCAAACAGUGCUCUAAAGCUGAAAUGAUGAUGGCAAUCGCCCACUUUGGUAGUCUAGCCUUGGUCAAUGUUCAGAGUCCAUUGUAUGAUUGGCCUCUGUGUAACGGGUUGGUUGGACAGUCCCACAUGGACAACGUCACUCUGUUUUGGGUCUGGUCGGUGGGGGUGUACGCGGCCAUAUAGCACGCUAUUAUUUGCCUGCAUCAUGCCGAUCAUUUUAUGGAAGAUCAUUGUUUUUCAUCUCACCACCAUAACCUGCUUUUCCUGGUGCUUUCGUAAGGACGUAAACCCAGCGGACAAUCCCAACAUACCUUCGAUCGCCAAAUAUUUCAGCACGAAAGGAAGGUAUGAGGAAGUGAACCCCUAUCUCAUAGAGGACAUACUUGCUGUAAACAGAUCUAUUUUACAGCCCCCGUCCGCAAAAUGUCGCGAAAUCCAUCUGACUGCCAUCAUCAGACACGGCACAAGAUACCCGACGACCAAAAACGUCAAGAAGAUGAGGAAGUUUUACGACCUCGUCAAGAACAGCGCCUCUGGCAAAGAGAGCUGGCUGCGUGAAAUCCAGACCCAGUGGACGAUGUGGUACACUGAGGACAUGGACGGCCGACUCGUCCAAAAGGGAGUGAGUGAUCAUAAGCAUCUGGCCAUGAGGCUGUCAAAACUGUUCCCCUCGUUGAUUUCAGAGGAGAAGCUUCGGGGUGGACUCAUCAAGUUCAUAACCAGCUCAAAGCACAGAUGUGUCAACAGCACGCUGUCUUUUAAGGCAGGACUGACAGAGCUGUGGGACAUUAAAGAUAAGGAGUUCGACCACGCAGUGAACGAUGCUCUCAUGAGGUUUUUUGACAAGUGCACCAAGUUCUUGCAGGAAGUUGAUAACAACCCUUCUGCUAUGACAGAGGUGGACAGAUUCAGGGAGGGACCAGAGAUGAGGAGGGUCCAGGAGAAGCUUGCAGACCGUCUCGAAGUCCCCUACAAUACAAUCACAGAUGAUAUGGCUGAAGCUGCCUUUUACUUAUGUGCUUAUGAGUUUGCCAUCAAGACCGUGAACUCCCCCUGGUGUCAGCUCUUUGAUGAGAUUGAUGCACAGGUUUUGGAGUACGCAAAUGAUCUGAAGCAGUUCUGGAAAAGAGGUUAUGGUUAUGACAUUAACAGUAAGUCAAGCUGCAUUCUCUUCCAUGAUGUGUUCAGUCGACUGGACAAAGCAGCUAACGAGAACCGAUCUGGUCAGCAGGUGACUGAAGCCGUAACAGUCCAGGUCGGCCAUGCAGAGACCCUCCUGCCACUGCUUACCCUGCUGGGCUUCUUCAAGGACAGCGAUGCACUGACAUCGACCAACUACGCCUCACAGACCAAACGCACCUUCCGCACCAGCCACAUGUUGCCCUACGCGGCUAAUUUGCUCCUGGUGCUGUACGACUGUGGGGAAGGCGACCUGAGACUGCAGCCACUGCUCAACGAGAAGCCUGUGACGUUCCCCGGUUUAACUAACCAGCAGGCCUCCAUGCCGCUCUAUCAAGAUGUCAGAGAGCACUACAGGGAACUGCUCCAAGGCUGUGACUUUGAGAAUGAGUGUCAGCUGUUCAAGCAUCCUGCUGAAGCUUAGGCAGACAAGGUGGAUUCUGGAAAGGAAGACGUUAUAAUAGCUUUAUUGUGUUUUAGUCACAAAAUGGAGAGAAAAUUAUGUUCUUAAUGGGAGCAUCUUAGUCUUAAUGCUUCUCCUGUGUAAAUCAUGAACAUAUCACUUUUUGGCUUGACUUUUUAUCUGACGGAAUCUACACAGAAGCUCUUUAUGCUCCCUUUGUCUCAUGCCUGAGACAAGGCAGAUUUGGUGACUCUGAAGCCUAGAAAUUUACUUUCAAGUUCACCUCUACCAUUACAGUAUUCCUACUGCUAUAUUGCAAUGGUUAUUUCCAUUUUUGCAUAAUAUAGAGAAUUAAAGACUUUAUUUUUGCAGUGUUCAGAUUUUAUGUUCUGCAUAAGAAUUUUAGAUAUCUGUAUUCAUCACUGUGCUGUUCUCCCAUUUUUCAAGAAGCACUGAAACAGUUAGUGAAAUGAUGUCUGCUGCCAUUUCAAGACUGUGGUCAGUAUGUAUGUCAAGAAAACUGGUGGGAUUACAUUACACAUUCUUCACGAUUGUGAGUCACACACACACACAUUUCUUUGAAUUUUAAUUUAAAUUUUUUAAAUUUUAUUUUGAAUUUCUUUUUCUUCCUUCCCUUAUACAACUUAUACAACUAUCUGCACCUUCUACAGUUUGCCAAGUAAUUUAGAUGUGUUUGCAGUUAAAUAGUUCUGCAUUAAGAGAAUGGCCUACAUCAUAGCUGUCCUUAAAACUUAUUAAUAAGUAUAAUUUAUAAAGUCUUAUACUAUUUUGAGUACCACUUUCUAAUAAGGCACCCUUUGUACAGGGUUAUCAGUUGUAACUAAUAGUUUCAUUAAUGGUUAAUCAUUUACUAAUUCUUUAUAGAUUUGUGCCUUUUGCCUUUUCAGGCUGAUUACCAAAUACACGUGGCAAAGGACUUUUCCACAACCUGGCAGUCCAGAAGUUAUUCUUAUGAAUGGCCAAUAUCUACUGCAUAAACCUAAUGAUUUACUAACCAACUAUGAAGCUACUAUUACUACUAUUAAACCCCUGAUAACUUAUUAGUGAGUGUUAUUUUACAUAGAGAGAUGAUGUUGGCGUGGGUCUGAUGUGACACCUAGGUUUGGACAGCAAUAAAUUAUA